UGAAAAAUACAUCGUCUGUCUGUUGAGACUUAUCUAGUUUUAUGUUUUCUCUGCUGCUUGGACUGUUCAUCGUAGCGUUUUGUACUUAUGUUCAAGCUAAUUUCCUAUCCUGCAUCAAGGAAAUCUAAAAGACUUGCAUUUUAGAGUCACGACUCCAUAACAUGGCGGAAUAUGACGAUAUUUCUCAAAAACAAGCGGCUGAGCGGAGAAGGCAAUUGAAGAUGAAUUUCCAACCACCGCCCAACUUUAGUUUGGGGUCAACAAGUGUAUCAGGAAAUGCAAAUACAGCUGCCUUCCAGAACAUGAGUAUGAAACCCACCGUUCUUAUGCCAAGUCCAAGGCAAAGUGGGGAUAACAGCAGUAUGCACUCAAGUGCCAGUCGUUCCAGAACUGCUGCCCCAGUUGUGAGACCUUUCAGUCAGGAGACAUUUGCAGAAAAGUCCUCCAGAUUCAAGUUAAAUAUACAAUCAUCUGGAAAACUUCAAAUCUCUCCUGGCACUGUGUAUGAUUUCACAUCAGAAGAUCUGCAGGAUUUGGGAGAAAUAGGCCGUGGUGCUUUUGGCACUGUGAACAAAAUGGUGCACCGGAAGAGUAAUACAGUCAUGGCUGUAAAGAGGAUUCGCUCAACUGUUGAUGAAAAAGAACAAAAACAGCUCCUAAUGGACUUGGAUGUAGUCAUGAAGUCGAAUGAGUGCCCAUGCAUUGUUCAAUUUUAUGGCGCUUUAUUUAAAGAAGGUGAUUGUUGGAUUUGUAUGGAACUUAUGGACUCCUCCUUAGACAAAUUUUACAAAUUUAUUUAUGAAAACCAGAGGAAAAGAAUACCAGAGAGCAUUUUGGGGAAAAUAACUGUUGCUACUGUUCAAGCGCUUAACUAUUUAAAAGAGAAAUUGAAAAUAAUCCACAGAGACGUAAAACCGUCAAAUAUUCUUCUCGAUAAACGAGGAAAUAUCAAGUUGUGUGAUUUCGGUAUCUCAGGUCAACUUGUUGACUCGAUUGCUCGAACCCGAGAUGCAGGAUGCCGCCCAUACAUGGCUCCGGAAAGAAUUGACCCUCAAAGAGCCCGGGGUUAUGAUGUCCGUUCUGAUGUUUGGUCCUUGGGUAUAACACUAAUGGAGGUUGCUACUGGUCACUUUCCUUAUCCAAAGUGGAAUUCCGUUUUUGAACAGCUUUACCAAGUUGUGCAGGGAGAUGCUCCUCAGCUAGAACCUGUUCACAAUGGAAACCACUUUACUGCGGAGUUUGUCAACUUUGUUAAUACUUGUCUCAUUAAGGAAGAAACACAAAGACCCAAGUACAACAGACUUUUGGAGCAUGAUUUCAUCAAAAGAAGUGAAACAGAAAGGGUUGAUGUUGCAGCAUAUGUCUGCUCAGUGUUAGAUGAUAUGGCUAAUAACGGUAUCACAGCUUUCACCACAGACCAGCCGUAAUGCUUUGUGGUCAUCAGUGUACCCUCCCGUCCAAAUUUCUCAUUGAUCUGGUGCAUUAAAUUUUUUUCUUGAGUUUUGUUAAAAUUGCAUCAAGCUCAGCAUUAAGAUGGAAGCACAAUUAGUUGUGUUCUAGUGAGGAGAGACGACCCAGUUUUGCUUGUUUUUUGUGGUAAGCCGUCCCAUUAAGUUUAACCUGAAACUGCAUUAAAAUUACGCCAUGAGAUCCAAAGAAGAAAAUAGUUUCAACUGAAUGUGGAGUAAACUUUAUUCUUACAAGAAUUUUCCCUCAAUAUAAAUAGCUUAUUCAGUAUCUUAAAUAUUGGAAGGUAUUAUUGCAAGAUGUUGAGGCAAAUUGAGUAUUUAGCAUAGAUUUUAGGAGAUGCCAUUUCUAUCAGCAUCGUCUUUUAUUGAUAGCUAGGUAGAUAGUUCAGUUAGCAUAUUGAUUAUGGGGGGGCAACCUAAUAGUGUCAUGCCACUGUUUAGUGCCUCUGUUGCAUUGUAGCCCCUUUCACAAUUGAUGCGUAAAGGAAGCUAAUUUAUUGAUAUAGACUCAUUUAUUUAAACUUGAGAUUUUAAAAGCUUUCACUCUCAAGCUGCCACUGUCACUACAUUAGAGUAAUUGAGCUUACUCAGCCAUUUAGACUGUUUUAAAUUAUGAAAGCUUUUUUAAAGGCUGUGAAACUUUACAGCAAUGUGGAAUAUGUAAUGUAAAACACUUGAUUGAUUUGUUACUGCAAAAAUGUGUAUGAAAUUUUUCAGUCUUUUUAGGCAAUAAUAUUUGCAUAUACUCUGUUGAUUUCAAGAAAAUGAAAAGCUUUCUCUUGCCCAAAAUCUUUUUGUUGUUUACAACACUUUGAUAAAAGAGAAAGUAUCUUGAUGAAUCAUAUUAAAUACGUUACCAAUUUUGUUGUUUUUUUCAUGCUGGAACUAGACACAUUGGAUGACAUGAUGUUUUUGUGAAUCAGAUUAAUUAUAUUGCAACAUUUUAUUAUAGUGUCAAACAUUCCAGUCAUAACUUCUUUAACUUUGCCAUCAUUGAAGGAGAAUAGGCUGAUUUCUGUUGCAUUAGAACUGUUGUAGUUACCAGGUAUAACACAUCCUUACUGCCCUUUAUUUUAAAAAAACCAACGUGUAUGUUGGUUCUUAAGAGUAAAGAGAGAGGAUACCUUGAAUAUAAGCAAAAGGUAUAAAUUUGUACUUGAAUUUAGGCCAUACUUUGAAGCCCACUUUUAUUAACUAAACCAUCUUUGGAUGUAUGUUAUAUGCCACCACUUCCUCCAUGCACUGUGUAGACAUGCCUGCACAAUGAUCAAAUUUCUAAGAGCAUUACUUGGACUCUAAAGAUAAUAUUUAUCUGUAUAGCCGUCUAAUCCAAUACUGAUACUUAUAAGGCACCUUAUAUUUUGUUCUGGCACCUUCCCACCUGGCCCUAAAUCUAAGAUGAAACUGAAAAUGGACUCCCGUGUCUGUGCCUCUUCAAGUUUGGGCUGGUAAAAAUUUCUAGAUAUUUUUUACUCAUUUCAGGGAGAUGGGAUGGAAAUCAUGUAGCCAAACAGUAAAUGGUGUGUGUUCGUCACCUGUUUUUGUCUAUCCCCCUCAUUUUCUGUUUUUGCAUUUUGUAAUUUUAUAGCAGGUAUUUUUUAUUGUUUUGAUACUGUUAACUUUUUUUUAAACCAAGAGGCUGGUGGUGUACAAUCCAUUUUUGCUGCCUUCAAUCCUACUCUUUGCAUUUUAUUAUCAAUAUUGAAUCAAAAAAUCUUGUUAACAUUUUGUAGUUCAUAACAGCACUGUUUUGCAACUUGACAAUAAAGAGAUUUUGAUUGUUAUAAAUACACUUUAUGAUGCACUUAAUGCAGUGCUUGUCCAAUAUGGAAGUACCUCCACAUAGUGCUGUAUAAAUAUGUAGGUUGCAAGUUUUAUUUGUUUCAUUUUAAUUUAAAUACAGUUUGCCAUUUAAGGAACCACAUAGUGAUAAAUAUAUGUAAGAGGUAAUAGUAUGUUUUUAGAGCUGUAGACUAUUUGAAACUUAAGAGGACUUGAACAGAGAUGUUGAGGGGAGUUAUGUCUGCUCUUAAGAACCUGUAUCAUGCUACUUAAGACCUUAAGAGAAUUCCAUUGAAUGAAAUUAUGUGUACAAAGUUUGACUAUUUGGACUGAAUAAAGUUUAACCUUGUUCUGGUUUUA